AUGUCAUUUGGCCUCAAGAACGCCGGAGCAACCUACCAGCGGAUGAUCACUCGGAUGUUCAAAGACCAACUCGGGAAAACCAUGGAAGCUUAUAUAGAUGAUAUGGUAGUAAAGAGCAAGUUCGCUACAGACCAUCUUACAGACUGGAGAGAAGUCUUUGGCAUCCUAAAAAACCAUGAGCUUCACCUCAAUGCCUCAUAUGUAUUCAUCCGAGCCGAUUUCUCUGGCCGAACAGCAAAAUGGGCGGUGGAACUUGGUGAGUUUGACAUUCGGUAUCAACCCAGGACUGCAAUCAAGGCCCAGCUUUAUGUUGACGGGUCGUCCAAUAACCGAGGCUCGGGGGCAGGAGUAGUACUCAUCUCACCAGAAGGAUUUAUCUGGGAACAUGCUCUCAGGCUCGGUUGGAAGGCUUCAAACAACGAGGUAGAGUACGAAACGUUAUUGGCUGGCUUACGUCGUGCUGAACACUUCAGUGCAAAACAACUUCUUGUUUUCAGCGAUUCACAGCUAGUAGUAAACCAGCUUUCUGGGGUCUAUGAAAUGCGGGAUGGAAUAAUGGCUAUGUACGCAGGCAAGGCCAAAGACCUAGUUAAAAAGUUUCAAUCCAUACGAGUGGAACGAAUUAGUCGGGACAAAAAUAGCCAUGCUGAUGCUCUGGCUUGUCUCGGCUCAUCAGUCGAUACCAAAGAUGCUAGAAAAGUUUGGAUUGAGUUUGUGCCAGAACCAAGCAUUGCAUCUCCAGUUCUCUGCAGCAGCGUAGAGCCGAGCUGGAUGGAUCCAAUACUUGCUUUUCUAAAAUCUGGUACUCUCCCCGAAGACAAAAAGGAAGCCAACAAAGUCAAACAUAAGUCAGCUCGGUUUUGGAUCUCACCAUCCGAGAAGCUGUACAGACGCUCAUAUCUUGGCCCUUAUCUUCUGUGUGUGCAUCCAAAUCUGGUCGAGAAUGUUCUCUAUGAAAUUCACGAUGGAAUUUGUGGCUGCCAUGUUGGCGAAAGGUCACUGGCGCACCGAGCCCUUACUCACGGGUAUUGGUGGUCACAAAUGCAACAAGAUGUGCAGCAGUACGUACAGAAGUGUGAUAAAUGUCAGAGGCGAUUCUUCAUUGCUGCAACCGACUAUUUUACUAAGUGGGUUGAAGUCGAGGCAUUGGCAAGUAUCAAAGAAGCGGAUACAAAGCGGUUUGUCAUGAGAAACGUGGUGGUGCGUUUCGGCAUCCCGCGGGUACUGAUUACGGAUAAUGGAACGCAGUUUGAUGGUAAGAUCUUCAGAAAGUUUUGUGCUGACCUCAGAAUCAAGUAUAAGAACUCUUUUCCAGGGUACCCGCAGAGCAAUGGACAGGCGGAAGCGUCAAACAAAACCAUCAUCAACGGAGUAAAGAAACGGCUUGAGCAUGCCAAAGGAAAAUGGGUUGAAGAGUUACCCCACGUGCUAUGGGCAUACUGA